UGAGAAGAGAUGCAUAAAACAGAAAAGAGGAAAAAAGAAAAGAGAGUAGCAGAGGAGAAAUGCGUCGAAAUUACGCUCUUGCGAUCUCUCGUCACAUCCUAAUUUCCCCAAAUUACGAGAAGAGAAGAGAAGAAGAGGGAGCAUAAAAAUCAAAUCUUGAGUCGCCGGAGAAGUGACUGAGCAUGGGGUUCCCGGUGGCCUACAGCGACCUGCUGCAGUUGCCAAAGGUUCUCCUCAACGUGGUCCUGCUCCUCGGCUACCUGCGGAGGUUCCUCCUCCGCGCCUUCGAAGCGGUCGGCCUCGGAGACCUCCUCGACGACGACGACGUCCCCUUCGCUGAAACGAACGCCGCCGCGCUGCUCCGACAAUUCCAACCGGCGUCGGCGGCGAGGAUACGGGAGGCUCUCCCGGCCGUGCGGUUCGGAGAGCUGGGGGAGUUCGAACCGGGAGGAGGAGGAGGAGGAGGAGGAGGAGGGAGCGGCUGCGUGGUGUGUCUGUGCGAGUUCGGGGCGGAGGAGGAGGUCCGGCUGCUGAGCAACUGCCGCCACCUAUUCCACCGCGGGUGCCUCGACCAGUGGCUGGAGCACGAGCGGCGGACGUGCCCGCUCUGCCGCGCUCCGCUGCUUCCGGGUGAGGCGAAGGCCGAGGCGGAGGAGGAAAUGUGGGAUGAGGACGUGCCGUGGGAGUCGUACUACGAAGACUUCGGUCCUCUUGGGAUUGCUCCGGCAUGGGAGCCGAUUCCGACGCUUCUCCCUCGGUUUCCAGAAGACUUCGCUCCUCUUGGGAUUGCUCCGGCGGCGCCGCCGAGUCCGACGCUUCUCCCCCGGUUUCCAGAACUGUAAUCGAAUCGAAGAAACAGACUCCAUUUUUUUUUUUAAAAAAAAAAAGGAAUGGUCAAGAUUAUUGUUUUUUUUUCUGUAGUUUAGAAAAGUUGGUAGUUUAAUUAUCUCGCAAGUUUCACAUUACCUGAAAUGUAUAUAUUAGACAAAUAAAUAAAUAAAAAUAAAAAACUUGACAUUUUACCAAA